AUGGGAGGAGGGGCGGGGGCGCCGCGGGGGCCGGCGCUUGACCCGGCGGCGCUGGAAGCUGCCAGGGAGCUGGAGGAGCUGGCCAGCAAGCUGGCGGAGAUUUUCGGCGGGCCUCAGCAGCAGCAGCAGCCAGAGAGCACCCAGCCACACCGGCAGCAGCAGCAGCAGCAGCAGCAGCAGCAGCAGCAGCAGCAGCAGCAGCAGCAGGCGCCCCCGCUCCUUGACCUCCACCUGGGCUGCAUCAGGGCGGUCUACGGCCCAAGAGACAGCGAAUUCAAAGAUGAAGCCCUGGUGGCCAUCGACACAGGCGCCGCGCGCGGCGCGCCGCGCGGCCCGGGCGCAGCCGGCGGCGGCGGGGAGCACCACGGGGUCCACGUGUAUGCGGCGCUGGGUCGCGCGCAGCUGGAGGCCCUCGAGGACCUGCCUGGCGGCGACGAGGCGCGCCUGGCUGCCCUUGCAAGGGACAACCUCGUCUCGAGCGGCGGCGGUGGCGGCGGCGGCGGCGGUGAGGGCGGCGGCUCGCCCUCCGCCGCCGUGCCCUCCGCGGCUGAGCUGCGCCACCUGCGCCGCCUGCUCGCCUCCCGCGUGACCGUCGGCGCUGACGACCUGCAGGAGGUGCAGUCGCCGCUGCCGUACCCCUUCUCCGCCCUCGGCCUCCUCGUCUUCGGCGACGCCGACAGCGGCGCGCCGCCCCUGAGCGGCAGCAGCGGCGACGACGGCGCGCGCGCCGCGAGCGACAUGUCGAUCUGCACAGGGUUCAUGGUUUCCCCGGACACCGUGUUGACGGCGGCGCACUGCUUGUACAACGUGCCGAACGACCUGCGGCCGGACCGGCCGAUCGGGUACAGGAAGGUGCUCGGCUUCUUCCCAAGCUAUUCCCGCGCUGCCAACGGCGCGGGCGUCGCGCCGCUCGGCCGCGUCGACGCGGUGUGGUCGGAGGUCGCUCCCGAGUGGGUCGCCGCGGCAGCGGAGGGCAAUUUCUACUGGCGGGGCGACGUCGGCGUCGUGCGGCUCAGGCAUAAGGUUGGCGACACGACCGGCUGGUUCGGCCUCGCCCACGGCUGCGACGUCGCCGCGGCGCUUCUGAAGGCCGCCGCUAAGGAGCGCGCCUCCGACGCCCUUGGCCCUACCGUCGCCGCCGCUGCCACCAGCUCGGCCGCUGUGUCCGUUGCCGGCUUCCCCGGUGCGAGCGCGACGACGGCGCAGGGCGGGAAGCUGCUGUUUCCCCUGAUGGGUGACCAGACCUGCCGCGUCGCGACCUCGGGCCUCUGCCCGGCCGACUCAGGGGGUGCUGACCGCCAGGCGGGCAUGCUGCAGCACAAGUGCGACACAGGGAAGGGCAUGAGCGGCUCUCCCCUCUGGGUGCGCGGCGACACCCGGGAGGGCGCCGCCGCCGCUGGCCUGGCGAGCGGCGGCGGCUUCCCGUCGCGGCGCGACGCGGCCGGCGCAGCGGAGGGGGCGGGCGGCGGCGCGGGGGUGACGGUGGUGGGGGUGGUCAGCAGGUCCCGCGGCGACUGCCCUUGGGGCCCGGACUGCGUCAACCUCGCGGCGCCGAUGGAUGCGCGCGCGCUCUCGCUCAUACGCGGCUGGAUCGCCCGCAGCUGA